AUGCCGCUCCUUCGCUCCGCGACAAGACCUCAGGCGGUCGAGUGCUUCUUCUGCCUCUCGCCCUCGGUCCUUCCAGCACAGCUGCCCCAGCCGUCGAGUCUAAGCGACAGGAAGGGGAAGGGAAAGGCGAGGGCGGAGGUGGGGACAAAGUGGAAUUGGCAUUGCGGCCGGUGUGGAUGUUGGAAUGUCCGUGAUGAGAGAGGAGAGAUGCUAUCUGAUCAUCCUGCGAUGCACGAUCCGGCUUUCAAUACUCGCUCGUUCUCGCUCCGAGCUACACCCUCCACGUCACAUUUGCCGUCCACGUCCUCAAGCUCAGCUCGAACGUUCUGCCAUAGCUGCCUCACAAAUCAGACUCUGAUCAUGAACAUGCUGGCAGGGUAUCUUCCGGACGAUAACGAUCCAAGCUAUCCUGAACUUCACGCCUCGCUACCAUCAUACCUCGCCUCGCUGCAUAGCCGUUACCCACCUGUGUGCCCCAUAUGCCAACCAGCGGUGGAUGAUGCCUUGCGGAAAGCCGAUCAGAAGGCACAGGUCGAGGCGUGGGGGUCUGCGCUUCGGAGAGGGCGCGACACUGGUAGCAGAGCGGGAGGGAAGGGGUCUGCUCCGGGGAAGUUCGAGGUUCUGGUCUGGAGAAUACGAGGCGUUGGGUUCUGGGCUCAAGCUACGGCUUACGGUCUUAGCGGCGCUUGCCCCAUCUCGACUUACGGAUCUCUUCGAUUCUACGCCUGGCCUGAGACUUGGCCUGCUCGCGCUUCACUUGUCUUCGAUACUAUGCGAGAGCAUAUGCGCGGCCGCGCCAAGGGGAGGGAAACGUGGAUUCGUAAUAUGCUUCUCGUCUUCGUAAUGAGAAUCGUGGGAGCGAUCCUGGUGUCCUAUCCCCGUCUGAGACCGCCGGCGCCUCUUUCCCGAAUAACGGGAACACUGCUAGUCCUGGAGGCGAUCGCACUUGUACAUGCCUUCGCGGCCAUUCGCAGCCCAUAUCCUAUCGCGCUUCGCUUAGUCCGUCCUACCCAGCUCAGUGUCCCUUCGAGCCCGACCUAUCAACAACCCAGCGGUCCUGGAGUUUACAACCCAUACCUCCAUUCAUCGCCCCCUGAUCAUUCUUCUCGCCUACAGCGUGACCUCGCCCCCAAACAUCAUCCCGUCUUCGGCAAAACGUCACUCUCUCCUCGACCCUCUCUAUCCCGCUUAAGAGACGACGAGAUGGACUGGGAAGGUCCGGCUCCCUCAGCAUUGUAUAACGGUGGAUACACCUCCGGCGGUCCUGUCUAUUCUGAGCAACAGGCGGAAGAGAUGACGGAAGGGUAUGAGAGGGGGCAGGGAUGGGACAACUUUGCGGUGGGAAAGCAAAGGUUCUUUGGGCGGAGAGAGGGGGAAGAUGAGACGGGUCUGGAAGGGCUUCUCGCGGGUUGGGGGUUGGCGGAGCAGAUAGAGUAUGUGGCUGGCUCCCCUGACCCCUCCUUUCACCAGUUCCCUUUUAUGCCUCACGUCGACGACACCCUCGUCCUACCUACAUAA